AUGGCUGAGACCAGGCGACUUACGGACCUGAUCCACGGUCACGUAGGAAGUCUUACUUAUAUACCACCUGAGAAUGCGACAACGCAACCUGGGACUUUUCACUCCAGUCGCGUAACUGCUGAAGCGCCACAUUUCAAGGUUGUUGGAUCUUCAGCGGAGUUGUACCCGCCUUCAAAAACCCCUUCUCCAGAGAUCUCGUCCAACCUGUGGCAGGAAAGGAGAGUACAAAAGCGAUGGCUUCUCCAGGCUCAUCCCGAAGCCUUCAUGGGUAACUCAGCGCUGUCCGAGCUUCUCCAGGAGAACAUGAGUCGCUACUCAAAGGUCGAGGGAGAAGUUAGCGAUCAACCGUUGCUUGCUAUCGGCCAAAUGACGAAUGUGUCGGAUCAUUCGAGAAUCACUGGAUCACCCAUGCUUGCGGCUGCUACGGGAGAGUCAGGAGAGCUACUUAGACUGGCUCGGAUCGAUCAAUCGAAAUGGAAAUGGGGAAAUGACAAGCGCACGACUCUUCAGCCUUCUGUGAUAGACCCCGAUGAUCCCGAGGAAGAGGCCAUUUGGGCCAGCGAUGGUCUGCCAAUCUCUCAAGUCAAAUUCGCGACCAGUCUCACACGAUAUGAUUCCAUUCGUUGGCUCAUCGUUCAAAAGCAAACUUCGACCACCAUUCUCCAUCCAGAGUAUCACAAGGUUCCAGUGGCUCAAUCGUCCGCUUCCGAUUCCGACAUUCAUCAACCACGGCUGUCGCGAAUCGAUCCUAACCCGAUCCUGACCAUCUCCCAUAAGUCGACUGGCGGUAACGCGCAGGUAGAUGUCGCAUUCAAUCCAAAUUCUAAGGGCCUGCUCCCACAGAUCGCCAUCAUUGACGAAUGCGGAUAUUGGUCCAUAUGGGACAUCUUAGGGGGAAACAAGCUGAAAACACGACUUCUACCUUACUCGUGCGGACAUAUCUCGGAUGGAUUAUUGAACGAAUUGCCCUCGACGACAGAGCAUCCCGCUGAAAAGCACGGGGUUCUAUUUGUCGGCACAGCCAAAGUGGACAGUUUCUGGGAAGAUGGUUCACAAAGCUCUGAUGACUUUAAAGGACCCGCGCAACGAUCCAGUCAUCUACUGAUCUGGAACAGGGAAAAGUACGAGGUCAUCGAUCUCGUGUCGCACAUAGCUCUGCCUCGGCUAUCGUUGUUGGCUCGUCCAAAGUCCAAGCCUGAUGCAAUCCUUGACAUCAGAGUCAGCCCAGCCAACCAGAAUCACAUAUUCGUCUUAACCAUGCGCACCAUUUACUGGAUUGACUUAUUUGCGAAAGGCACGCUGGAGGAGGAUGUAGGACCAACCCCGACUAUUCUGAUAUCCUGCCCUCGUUUGUUGGACAGAGAAGGAUUGCGAAUGACAACAUGCCUUACUUCAGAAGGUGGACAAGAGACUGCUAUGGUGUUCGUCUUUUCUCCGACUCAUAGACAACUUCAAACCUACUGGUUCGGACAGUCAAAGUCAAGCGGCCUUCCUUAUUGGCAUCGUGACACACUUACUCUUCCUCAAAAUGCUGGAUCGGCCAGUGGUGAUAUUCAAUCACUCGAAAUCCAUCCGGUCAAGCUCACGCGGGAUGGGGACGCCUCGUCUGGCUUUGGGGCCGAUUAUUACCGUGCAGGAGUUCAGUUCUACCAAGGCAGCAUCCUGAGCAAGAAUUUGGGUGUGCAAUACUGCAUCUGUGUCUCAGUCAAAGAUCGCAAUAUGCAGAUUACGUUACCUAGUGGGCGGGUUGGUCGCAACAAGUCAGACGAAGCGCAGCGCUGGAAGAAGAAACGAAAACAGUUCAUUAGACAUAUGGGCAGCACGUUUGUGCUUCCCGAAGGCAUGGCUGAUGACAACAUCAAACAUGUGGUAAAACAUAACAAUCGAUCCAAGGACCUCGACGAGAUAAAGAGCAGAGCAUCUGCAGUCUUGGGCCCUGUAAGCUUGAACCUGGAUGGCUUGUGCCGUUCCCUUCAGAAGACGUUGCUGGCUAUUUCAGACAGCGUUCAUGAUAUACCGCCCGCCUUGCUUUCAGCUAUCCAAGAGAACAUCACUGAGGGGGUGGCUGAAGGGAGACUGCCCCUAAAAACUUGGAAGGAAAUCGGCGACGAGCUUGGUCCAAUGGACUUACGAAAUGGUUUUCACGAAAGACAACCCGAUAUGCUCGAUUUGUUUGCAGGUGGUGAUGGACAAACAGUCGUGACGCAACUCGGAAGACAGACUUCGCAGGAGUGGAUUCGAGAACUCGUCAGCUUGUCGCAUCUUAACCAAACAUACGUUGACCUUUGGCUUGAUCCGCUGGAAGGAAGAAUACCCCAGCAAGAGGAGGAAAUAAUAAGGGGAUGGAUCGCAGACCUAGCUAAGGAUAUGUUUCUGGCAACAGCCGGAGUCAUGGUUCAAGAUGUGCCUCUUCUACGGCCGGCAAGCCAGGAGGAAGAUGGACGAGCUCAGCCCACUCAGUCGAGUGUAGUUCGAAACAAGCCAUCGCAAUCAUCAGAAGGUGGAAUUCCUUCAUCACCUCUCGUUGCGACACCAAACAGUGCCGAUGAUGCAGCGAUCAGGCGACUACAGCUCCUCGCACCAUCAUUGAGAUUGGACAAGAUGGAAAAUGCCAAACCGUCUAACGUGCUGUCAUACUGGCCCACUGAGCGUGGUAUCAGCACAGAUGACUACAUAUCUAGUGUUGCCGUUGCUACCGAUAGGAAGUUUGACGACGCAAGGUCACGACUGCAAAGGAUCGAAAACAAGCGCAAGGCCCAGAACGACAAGUACAAACUACCACCGUUUAUGAGAGAGGGCAGAGACCCCAAGGCCGUCAGGACUUCGGUGCGAACUACAGCGGGCAACCCCAUGUCUUCGCCGAUGCGUCCUCGGAGAGAAGAGCCCAUGGCACUGCCGCCGAUAUCUGUUGCUCCCACGCCUCAAACCAUGUCGAGUCAGCAAGGCAUACCUUCGUCUUCACAGAGUCAAGGGCUCUUUGGGCCCUCGUUUGCUAUGAGCCAGCCUGUAUCGGGCAUCUUCGGGGAUAGGAAGAAGGCGAAGAAGAAUAAGAGGAAGAGUGGAUUUAGAUGA